AGGAAGGAGAAAGAGAGAGAGAGAAAGGGAGAAAGAAAGGGUAAGAAAGAAAUAAAGAAAGAAAAGAAAAAGAAAGAGAUAGAAAACCGAUUAAGAUAUACAUUUAUGAUUUUUUAACCUUUUGGAUUGUAAGUUAAACUUUGCUGAAGGUUUUGGAAAAAACCUGGAAGUUACCUAGGCUGGGUAUUCUAGAGAUAGUGGAUUCUCCCAUAACUGAUCCAUACAUUCAGUGAAAAUGCAGUCCAAAUCUGUCACAACCGAGUUUUUGGGAAACUUGAAAUUGCAUGCUAAUUUAUGCAGAAGGACAAAAGGCCUAAGACAUGCGGGGGUGGAGGUGGUGUGGUGUAGGGAGAGAGGAAGAAGAAAGGAAGGAAGGAAGGAAGGAGGAAAGGAAAGAACGGAAAGGAAAGGAAGGGAAGGGAAAGGAAAGCAAAGAAAAGGAAAGGAAAAGUUAAGGAAAACACAAGGAAACAAUAUUAAUAUGGAAAUGCUGGCAGCAUUCCUUUUAAAAUCCGGAAGAACCCAAAGAAGCCCAAUUUUGCUGUCGCUAUUAGAUCUUGUACUAAAUUUCCUAGCCAGCACUGUUAAAAAACAAACAGCCAACCAACCAAAAAAACAAAAAAUACAAACAAAAAAACCCCAUAACUUCAAUUCUAUUUCUACUAUGCAUAAACUCACAGAUAAUCCCAGAACGCCUACUAUAGAGUUUAGCAUGUUGACAGACUUUAAGAUCAAGUCACGUUUAUAAAAGUUAAAGGGGUUUCUGUAAACUAGAUCCAAAUAGAAAUUGUCCUUUUAAACAGACAUCAAGGACAAGAACAGCAACAAUCUACAGCAUCUUGGAAUAAAUACAAUAAAUGAUGUGCAAGAUCUAAAUAGACAAAAGAUGAAACUAAAAACUGAACUGAAAGAUUAAAACAUUAAAGACCCACGUAAGUGGAGACAUCCCAAGUUGGUGAACAGGGAGGCUGAGUAUUCUACAGAUAGUAGAUGCUCCCCCUAACUGAUCCAUAGAUUCAGUGAAAAUGCAAUCCAAAGCUGUUAGGACUGAGUCUGGGGAGACUUGACAUUGCAUACUAAUUCAUGCGGAAGGACAAAAAGGCAAAGAAUGGCAAAGAAUAGCAAAGAUGUGUUUGGAGAUGAUGAACACCAUGCAGGGACUUGCCCUAGCGGAUGUCAAGAUGUAUUAUGAAGUGAAAAAAUUUAAGACAAUUUAGUAGUGGUACAGGAAUAGACACAUUUAUCUGUGGAACAUAACAGGGAGUUCAUAAACAGAGACACACAAAUAUGGACGAAAGUGUCUCCAAGCAUUGUUCCCUGGGGGUUGCAAAGUCACCACUGAUUGGGAAUCCGCGGCAUAGAAAUAUGGAUCGAUCUUUAAUCACAUGCUGAAUUUUUAAAAGGUAAAUUACAGAAUACCAAGUACAUGAGUUAUAAAUGCAUGCACACAAAAUAUUUCACACCCAGAGGGAGACUAAUCUGGGAAACAAGCCUUGGGGAGCAUAAAGCUCAACGAUCACUUCAGGAUUUCUUGACUGACCUAGUUACAGGGAGCAGGAGAAGCUACCGGGAGGUGAUGGGGGCGUGGCCUCAGAACGCGAGCGUCAAGAGAUCUCGAGGUUCAUUGGUCGCCAGCCACAGCGGCGGGAGGUCGAAGGCAGCGCGAGAGCUCAUUGGCCUUUGUGGCAAGGGCGGGAAGGGAAGCAGAAGCUGGAUGUUCCCUCAGACCGUCUGACUGGUUCUGACUUGCUGGAGGCUGAGGCAACCACAGGCUGACAUCAGAAUUAGGUCCUCGUUCUCCACACCUUUUAUUUCCUCCCACCCUCCUGAGCCAGAUUCCCAACCCCUUCCCCUCUCUGCUACCUCAGCAGGGAACCCCCAUCUGCUCCUGAUGUCCCAUCGCGCCCUCAGCUCUCCCGGAACCCCUUUUGGGAGGACUCCUUGCUCCAGCUCCCUGAGCCCUGGCCUUUGGCCAAUGAGGCAGGGCUCAUGGGAUUGCUUUUGAUUCAGAGGUCCGGGAGGGAGUGGAUGAUUGGGCUUCCUGAGGAAGUGGUGCACUCCAGGGUGGUGGGACUGCGUGUGUGGGGUGGGGUGGGGGUGGGGGGAGAUGGUGUGCUCAAGUACAAUUAUUGAAGUGUGGAGAGGAUUAUGGAAGAUUUUGGGGAGGCUGUGGAGGGAAUGUGUGGGUUUGCAUGAAAGCAGAAAAGGUGUGUCAGUCCAAGAGAAACACUACUGCACUGAGGAGUUCCCUAUUGGCUAGAUCAGAACCUGACACUUCAUAGGAGGCUCAACAGGUACCUGCUGAAUGAAGAAUCAAGGGAAUCGGCCCGGCCCGGUGGCUCACGCCUGUAAUCCCAUCACCUUGGGAGGCCAAGGCAGGUGGAUCAGCCUGGCCAACAUGUGAAACCCCGUCUCUAUUAAAAAAUACAAAAAAUGGCCGGGCGCGGUGGCUCACGCCUGUAAUCCUAGCACUUUGGGAGGCCGAGGCGGGCGGAUCACGAGGUCAGGAGAUCGAGACCAUCCUGGCUAACACGGUGAAACCCCGUCUCUACCAAAAAUACAAAAAUAUUAGCCGGGCGUGAUGGCCGGCGCCUGUAGUCCCAGCUACGCGGGAGGCUGAGGCAGGAGAAUGGCGUGAACCCGGGAGGCGGAGCUUGCAGUGAGCCGAGAUUGUGCCACUGCACUCCCGCCUGGGCGACAGAGCGAGACUCCGUCUAAAAAAAAAAAAAUACAAAAAAUUAGCCAGGCGUGGUGGCAGGCAACUGUAAUCCCAGCUACUCGGGAGGAUGAGGCGGGAGAAUCACUUGAACCCGGGAGGCAGAGGUUGCAGUGAGCCGAGAUCACACCAUUGCACUCCAGCCUGGGUAACGAGAGUGAAACUCCGUCUCAAAAAAAAAAAAAAAAAAAAAGAAUCAAGGGGAUGCAUGAAGGGAUGAAUGAAAUUAGUAACUGAAAGAGGGCCAGGGAUCCAGGAGAACAAUACGAUUUCAUGGGAUACAAGAGGGAAAUCAGCUCAAAGGGGGAGCAAGGGAAUAAUUAAGUGUAAGGUGGAGUACAAGAAAAAAAUCAGCAUGAAUCAGCGUGAAAUGUGAGGGGAAAAUUGAAUAUAGGGCAUAGAAGAGACUGACAAUGGAAUUGAGUGCUGGUGGCACAAAAUCCUGUGUGGGGAGUGAAUGAAUGCAGGAGGUUCGGAAGAGAAUUGGUGAAGUGGAUGCCAGGAAUAAUACUUGGGUUUGGCAGAGUGCAGGAUGAUACACAAGAAGUGGGUGUAGUAAUGGUGGAAGAAGGCACGGGAGUGCAUGUGCAUGCCUGAAAGUGGGGUCUAUGGUGAAGUGAUGGUAAGCAAGGAGAAUAAAGACUGCAUUGAAUGGGUAUGGGAUCCAUUCCAAGAGUUUCUUGGGAAGGGGCUAUGUGUGAGUGGGGCUUCUGGGAAGGAGGCAACAUGAGCAAGGAGGUCGCAGUGAAGGUUGGUGAAAACCAUGGGAGAAGAAGGGGAGGGAAGGCAAUCUGAUUCCAGCGGUGAGAAGGAUGGAGAAGGAGCAUUCAGCCACCUCAGAUAGGGUUUUCCAAGGGCAGAGGAAGUACGUUGGGGGUAGGGAAUCACGUGGCCAUUCUGACCUCCGCUCCUGACCCUAGAAGCAUGGAUCCCAUGUGUCUGAACCUCCAUUUCCCUAUGGAUGUACUGAGGACAAAUAAAUACCUGCUGCCCCCUGCUGCCCCUCUGACUCUGAAUGCACCACAGGGCGUCAGACUGGAGCCCCAUGGGGGACUGAACUUGGCCCCAGAAGAGCUAUAGGUUGCUGUGACCGCUGCCACAACCAUGGUAUCACUGCCCAAAUCAGGGGCCACAAGCAUUUCUGCCGCUUCCAGGCCUGCGAGUGUCACAGUUGUGCCCUCUUCUCAUGAGUAUGGUGUCUGAGAUGCGGAGGGGCCAGACCUCCUCUAAAUGGGACUAAUCUUAGCCCUGCAAUCCUUUACUUCAGAGAACACCUCAGGGUCUUGCCUGCUGUGAGUGCCUUGAGGAGGGAGCAGCGGGCACGAUCAAAGAGACACCUGGCUCAAGGACCAAUAAGGAGUAUGGCUGCCCCUCCCAAAGCUCCCAUCCGUGUCAGGAAUUUGACCAUCAGAGCAGGAGCCCUCACUGGGAAGGAGAACAACAUGCUGCAGCCCGAGACCCACAUCUUCACAGCCCCCGAGGAGGGGAGCUCCCAAGGGGCUCUGCUGCUUGGCCAGGCCCCAGAACCUUUGUCUCUGCCCUGUACUCCAGUGACCUUGGAGCAGCAACUGGUUUCUCCUUCUGGGGAUCCCCACAGGGCCCCUGCCCUGCCCAGCAUAUGCUCAACUCUGAUCCUCCAGCCCUGUGCCACCCUUGACCCUCUUCUACUGCAGCCACAGGUCCCCAAAGUCUCUGACCAGGCUUUGGUUUCUGCCCACUCAGAGUGGCAGCGGAAGCUAGAGGCCGCUGAGGCUCUGCUGACUCUGAGAAACUCUGCCCAGGCCCCUCCUGACUCCAUCUCCCUGCACCAGCCUUGCAACCCACCAGCUCCUGCUGGAGAUAAAGGAUUCCAGCCUCCCAGCCCCUCUCUCCGCCCCAGGCCAGCCAGCUCCAUCUCGCUGCCUAUUGGACAUCUGGGAUGCAUCUCCCUCUUGAGCUAGGAACCCAGAGGAGGAGGCCUCAAUAGAGCACUGCCUAUUUGGUAUCCAGUUUCUGAAUGUGCAAAAUGGUUAACGUCCAAAACGCUUAACAUCUUUUUUUAAAGCCUUCAGGUGUUUUAUAAGCUUUUUAUUAUAUGGGGCAAUUCCUUGGCUGAGGGUGGAUAUUCUUGUACCUCUAUCCCUUACUCUUUUGGAUGCUGGGGCCUUUUUCUGUCUCAUAAAGACAGGAUUGUGCAAUCUAAGUUGAUCAGUCUCUCAGUGGGGUUCUGUGUGAGUUCAUAUGCCAGAGUUUUUAUUCGUCUUGUGAUUGCUGACAUACCUGUGCACUCAUGUGUAUACCCAUGCAUGUGGAAACAUGAAGAUGUUUUCACUUUGUGUCUAGGUUUAUGUACGUGAGCAAAUAAUAAACCGUUGUUGUUAUAAGGCA